AUGGUUUAUUUCGUGAAGCAUUUCUUUGGUGCUAGAGAGAACGUUUCUGACAGCGACUAUAUUUUGAAGUCGAAGGUGGUCGCCAACCUGUCAGGCCUGUUCGAGACCAACAGUGGCUUGAUGUUAGGUCAAAUUGAAACCGAUGACGAUGGCGAUUUGAUCCUACGUCGAUACAAAUUUGCACGCAACGUUGCUGGUUCUUCUUCCUCUUGGUUGCCAGGUACACUGUCGGAUGCAGAGGCUAAUGUCUUCAUUAGAUCUCAUUCUACUGUUGCUGUCGAUGAUUCCUUUUCGUGUAAAGAAGUAAUGGACAUAAGCUUCGUCUUUAAUGCAGCUGCUGACAUUCGUGUCAUUAAUGUGUCUAAGUUCGGCUCUUUCUGGUCUGUCGUUUGCAAUCAUGCCUCCAUAUAA